AUGCCAGGCGAAGCAAUCUGUCACCCUAAUCCUGAGCCCGCGCCGUCUAAUGUCCCUGAACAUGUCUAUGAUUUGCUGGUUAAACUUGAAAAGGGCGAUCUGGACGAUAGCACCAAUGAGGCAAUGCUCAAAUAUAGGCGGGUAGCUAAUUACAUUGCUGCGGCCAUGAUAUUUCUGCAAGACAAUGUCCUUCUCCAACGAGGUCUAAGAUUUGACGACAUCAAGCCCAGGUUGCUAGGCCACUGGGGAACAUGUCCUGGGCUAACGCUGGUCUAUUCACAUCUCAACCUCCUCAUCGAGAAGUACGACUUGGAUAUGAUUUAUGUUGUUGGUCCUGGACAUGGAGCACCAUCGAUCCUGGCCAAUCUCUGGCUGGAAGGCUCCCUUGCUAAAUUCUACCCUCAUUACUCGCGAGACGCCAGGGGCCUCCACAAUCUGGUAUCCAGCUUCAGCACAACUGGAGGAUUUCCCAGCCACAUCAAUGCUGAAACCCCUGGGUCUAUUCAUGAAGGUGGUGAACUUGGUUAUGCCCUAGCGGUCAGUUUUGGUGCUGUCAUGGACCAACCCGAUCUGAUCGUGACGUGUAUCGUUGGGGAUGGUGAGUGCGAAACUGGGCCAACAUCUGCCGCUUGGCAUGGGUACAAAUACAUAGAUCCAGCAGAAUCAGGUGCAGUGUUACCAAUUGUUCAUGUAAAUGGUUUCAAAAUCAGCGAGAGAACAAUUUAUGGAUGUAUGGACGACAAGGAAAUGGCUGCCCUGUUCACCGGCUAUGGCUACCAACCAAGAGUGGUAGACGACCUCGACGAUAUCGACGCCGAUCUCUCAAAUUCAAUGGAAUGGGCUCUUUCAGAGAUAAAGAAUAUUCAAACGGCUGCAAGAUCUGGAAAUCCCAUCAUGAAACCGCGUUGGCCAGUUUUGAUCUUGCGAACUCCGAAAGGCUGGUCUGGGCCGAAGAAGGUCCACGGUCAGGUUGUUGAAGGCUCCUACAGGGCCCAUCAAGUGCCGUUAAUGGCAGCCAAGACCGAUCUUGAAGAGCUCAAAAUUCUUCAAGCAUGGCUUGAGUCUUACAAACCCAGGGAGCUCUUCAAAGACGAUGGAGACAUUAUCGAUGAAAUCAAAUCAAUCAUUCCUAAAAAUCCUGAACGGCGCCUUGGUCAGAAAAAGCACUGUUACGAUGUCUACAAAGGUCUGAGGCCGAUAGACUGGGGCAAAUUUGCCGUCAAAAAGGGCACCUUAGAAAGCAGUAUGAAGACUGUGGGCAAGCUUCUCGAGCAGGUGGUGAAAGAGAACCCCAAUACCUUCCGCAUAUUCUCCCCGGAUGAAUUUGAGUCUAACAAACUCAACUCUGUGCUCAACUCCACAAACCGAAAUUUUCAAUGGGAUCAAUUUAGUAACGCGCGUGGCGGACGACUCAUCGAGACACUCUCUGAGCACCAAUGUCAAGGCUGGAUGCAAGGCUAUACCCUCACCGGUCGCACAGCCCUAUUCCCCAGUUAUGAAUCCUUCCUGGGAAUCAUACACACAAUGAUGGUUCAAUAUGCGAAGUUCGGCAAGAUGGCGCGCGAGAUGAGUUGGCGCAAGAAUAUUGCAAGUGUCAACUACCUCGAAACAUCAACCUGGACUAGGCAAGAGCAUAAUGGGUUCUCCCAUCAAAACCCAAGCUUUAUCGGAGCAGUACUGAACCUCAAACCAGACGCUGCGAGGGUUUACCUGCCUCCUGACGCCAACACCUUCCUCUCAACAAUGGCGCAUUGUUUGCAAUCAAAAAACUAUGUCAACCUAAUGGUUGGGUCCAAACAGCCUUCGGCCGUGUUUCUCUCUGCCGAGGAAGCCGAGAAUCACUGCCGCUCGGGCGCGUCCGUUUGGAAAUUCGUAUCAACAGACGAGGGACUCGAUCCGGAUGUUGUUCUCGUCGGCAUCGGCGCGGAGCUGACCUUCGAAGUCAUCGCCGCCGCGGAUUUGCUCCGGAAAAUGACACCCGACCUCCGUGUGCGCGUUGUCAACGUUUCGGACCUGAUGAUCCUGGGAGCGUCUAGCAGCCACCCACACGCUUUGACGGAUGAAUCUUUUGACGCAAUUUUCACCUCCCAAGUCCCCAUCCACUUCAACUACCACGGGUAUGCGAACGAGCUGAAGGGACUGCUGUUCGGUAGACCCAAUAUGCAUCGUGUGACUAUCGCGAGCUAUAAGGAAGAAGGUUCUACAACGACACCAUUCAAUAUGAUGCUUUUGAAUGAGACGAGUAGGUAUCACGUUGCAAUCAAUGCAAUCAAGGGCGCGGCAAAACGCAACGAGAUUGUCAGGCUGCAUUUGCAUGAGGUUACGAGUGAAUUGACUAGUCAGAUAUCCAAGACGCAGAAAUUUAUUGUGGAGGAGAAGACUGGCAAGUACAAAUCAGAUGUGUCUUAUGCCACAGGCAAGUUACAAUGCUGA